CCAUGAAAGCACGUAAAGUGGGCGUGAUCUGCCUAGUCUAUAUAAGGAAGGGAAGCACGUCCUCGGAUUCUCUUUCCGCGCGGCGGCCCGGUAGGUAACAGUUUGGUUCUGCGGGAGGCGGAAUGUUAAUGAGGGCCUAUGUGCGGCCUAGGUUACCGGCCACUGGCUAGUAACUAGAUCAUGGAUCAUACUCCCUGUACAGCUGCUGGCACUGAUUACAUACUCCGUGUACCGGGAUUAAUAGCCUGCAUUGGGCUCAUGGCCCGGAAUUCACUCUCUCUGGCCGGUUCGGUCACUCUCUGGCCGGUUCGGUUCCGAGGCUGACAAUCCGGAGUGACCCGGACCGGCUGUAAUCUAUUAAAACGUUAAACCCCCGCCGGGCGCGGCCUGGGAGUGCCGCUGGGUUUUUUUCGGCCGGUGUUGUAGCUAUGUAUUAAAGCGCGUGGUGCCCAGCAGCGCCCCCUGGCUGCAGUAGCGGUGCCCAGUGUCUGGAAUUAUCCCGGGCAGGAAUAGAAUGACUGCAGGGCACUUAGAGUUUGUGUGAAGUUACAGAGCUUUAUCAAUGAUCCAUUAGAAUUUAAACUAAAUUACAGAUAUGCUUGGAUUGAUGGGAGUUAUGAUUGUAACGAAGGAUGCUGAGGGCAGGCAGUUGCCUUAAAUUCUUGUGAAUUAUAUUAAAAAUUCCUAACCUUCAGUCUUUUGUCACUUUAUUUUGUAACUUGUGAAGGGGCGGUGUUUAGGCUUACAGUGAAUGUGUGCACCUUAAUGUCUGCUGUUUGUUAAAUGGCUCAUUAUUGCUGUAAGUUCUGCUACACUAACAUGAGUUGUGCGCUAGUCUGUUGGUGCGGAAUGUGCAUGGUCCCACACUACUGCAUGACAGAGCUGCUAUGUAGAAUGUUAUGUUUCUGAAACGUUACAUUUUUGCUGGCUGUUAAAGGAACUCUAUAUUAAAUUGACGUUUAUAUAGCGCCAACUGAUUCUGUAGCGCUUUACAAUAUUAUGAUGGGAGAUGUAACUAUAAAGAGGACCAAUAGGUUGAAGACGACCCUGCUCAAACAAGCUUAGUCUAUAGGACUAUAGCUAAUCUAAUGCUUUUGUACGUUAUUGCGCAUGCUCAGCUAGAAACUGCACUGUGCCUCUAUUGGCUGUCUGAUAACCAGCAGAAGCAUUUAAAAUCUGCAAUAAAAACUAUAGAAUGGCGGGUUUUUUAGGUGCAGACUUGAAGUGGGGUUGCAUAGCACCCAGACCACUUGAUUGAGAUUAAGCAAUUUGGGUGCCUUUAGUGUCUUUAACAUUUUGUCUAUCAAAGUUAAUGCCAGCGGAGGCUAACAUUGAAAGUGCAAUCUAAAUUUGUAUAUGGUUUAGCUGUAAAGUAUUAAUACUUGUGGUUUUAACGCUGAUCCUUUUAAACAACUUCUUUCCUCUUUUUGUCUAAAGGCAUAAACCAAGAUGCCCGUUGCCAGAACUUGGGUUUGUCGAAAGACAUACGUCACUCCUCGACGUCCAUUUGAGAAGUCACGCUUGGACCAGGAGUUAAAGCUCAUUGGUAAGCUGUAAACAGAAAUAAAAAUCUUAGCCCACCUAUGUCUUGUAAAAGUUGCAAUGUUAACAGACUUUGUUUUGAUCAGGUGAAUAUGGUUUGCGUAACAAGCGUGAGGUGUGGAGGGUGAAAUUCACUCUUGCCAAGAUCCGUAAAGCUGCCAGAGAGCUGCUUACGCUGGACGAAAAGGAUCCCAAGCGUUUGUUUGAAGGUACAUCAGUUUAGGAAUUGGGUUAAUUGGUAUGAGAGAAUAAUUAGGUGCAGUGAAGUUUAUACAAUGGUGACUGAAGAGUGCACAACAAAUAUUCACUUCAGUAAUUUCAUUCAGGUUUAUGGCUCCACUUUUGAAAUGUACAAAAGCCUUUAAAAUUAUUGAACAGUUCUUGGUCAGUCUAAUCACAGCAGAUUAUUAGGAUUGAUAUAUCGCGCAGACCUAUAGCACAUGCAUGGCAAUUGCUGUAAACUGCCAAUCUAAUGCUUUUACAGCGUUCACAUUUUUGUGUAAUGUAAGAUGCUUGGUCUGAUUAGGUUUAAUCUGUGCAUUGUGAAAUCAUAAAUCUCUGAAAAUACCAGUUUGUGUAUUCUAAGUCUUCAGUUUUUACUGGUAAUUUCAGUUAUUAAACUAGUCAAGAUUGCUUCCUCCUUUAUAAAGUUGUCCCAUUCCUAAAAUGUCAUUCUGGGGUGGUUGACAGUGUAGAUUUAAAAUGGUACCAAUUAAAGAUUUCUUUUCUAGGUAAUGCCCUGCUUAGGCGACUGGUGCGUAUUGGUGUGCUUGAUGAAGGCAAAAUGAAGCUCGAUUACAUCUUGGGCUUGAAAAUUGAAGAUUUCUUGGAGCGUCGUUUGCAGACUCAAGUUUUUAAACUGGGAUUGGCCAAAUCUAUUCAUCAUGCUCGUGUACUGAUCAGACAGAGGCACAUCCGGUAAGUGUUAAUUGCAUGUACACUGAAGCUUUUGGUAAACUAAAACUAUCCCAGGUUUGUGAUGACUGCAGUUAUCUUACUUGCCAGAAUCUUAGAACACUAGUUUUAAUUGGUGAGAAUUUGUAACCCCUACGUGCCCUAAUCUAUUUGUUUCUGAUCCAAUGAUGAGAUAAGAGUCUUGUGGACCUACUAUUGACUGCUUUCACUUGUUUUUGAACCCACAUUUUAACAUCUGAAAGGCAAUAUUGUCUUUUGCUGUCCUGAAUUAAAUGUUCCCUUGUUUAAUGUUCCUAAAGUUGUCUCUUGGUGUCUUAAUUAGCACAUGGAACCUCGUAUACUGUGCAGGGCAUAUGGAGACCGAAAACAACAUGGUGACCUAAGCCUGCUCCAUACACAUGUGAUCCAUUGAGUCCAUUUUGUGGACAUAUUCAGCAAGGUCACUUUGGCUUGGUCCAUACACCUUGUGAAGGGGUAUACAUCAAUCUUGAAUGCUGGCCAUCUUGCCUGGCAAAUACAAGUUUAGUUUUUCUGUAGCAAAGGUAACGAUACUAAACUGCUUCUUGGUAUAAAUCAAAACAAGCAGAAUUCUUUUGUUUUAACAAGUCUUCAGAUGGACUUCAAAUGAGAAAUUAGAUUGCAAUGUGUAGCUUUCUUUUGAUUUUGUUGCUCGGGUAAUAGCCUAAAGAAUCUUGUUAGGCUUUUCACGUCUAAUUUACAUUCAGUAAUGGUUUGAGGUAAGUCUAAAAGAGGCAACCAGUCAUGUAUCCACUCAUCCGUGCUGUCCUUGUAGUAAUUUUAGGCCUUCCUGAACAGAACAUAAUUUCAGUACAUAUUUAAAUAUUCUUUGACUUGAGAAAGCUAGUUAUGGCCUGCAAUUAUGGUUUAUAGGUCUAAUGCUUUAAGGCUUUGUUUGUCGUUCUAAGUUUUGGUUGACAGAUGUAUCUUUAAUGUUGGGGUCUAAACUGGCUAAAGAUUUCUGCAUAGCAAAUGGGAUUUAUUUUUGUUUAAAGAUGUGGUGUUCUGACUCGUAUUUUCUAACUUUUAGUGUCCGCAAGCAAGUGGUUAACAUUCCAUCCUUUAUUGUGCGCCUGGACUCUCAGAAACACAUUGACUUCUCCCUGCGCUCACCAUACGGAGGUGGACGUCCUGGACGUGUCAAGAGAAAGAAUGCCAAGAAGGGCCAGGCCGGUGCUGGAGGUGGAGAUGAUGAGGAAGAAGAUUAAGCAUGUCAUACAUAGAAUUCAGGCUGAAAGGCCAGAAUUAGAGCUGCUUCUUUUGACCAUCACAGAAGUAAUAUAUGGAAAAAAUAAAACCUUUUUGGAGUUUAAGAAACUUGUCGGGAUUUUUGUGGUUUUAGGGAUGUGCUCAAGUUUUUGGCCCAGAGCAAAAACGGGUCAAAUUUGCUGAUCUAAAAAAUAGAGGAACAUUAAGGGAGAAGGGAAGUUAUUCAUAUUGGAUUAAAUUCAUUAAAUCUAAUAAUAUGAUAGGAAACCUUUUUUUUUUUUUAUAUCAUUUGGUGAAAAAAGUAAUUUUUGGUUUUCGGUCAAGGGAAUCCUGAAUUUUCUGUUUCGGCCCCGAAUUUUCAUUUCGGUGCAUCUCUAGCUUUAAUCUUCUGAUACAAUCUGAAUUAAAGCAUGAUCUUUUUUCAAUUACCUGUCUGGGUGUAAGAACAACCUGCUAGUGGAAUAGCUCAUAAAAGUUGCAAAAUUAAAUGUCUGAAACCAUGUCAGUGGGCAUAAGAUUCUAAAAGUGCAGGAGAAACAAAUGUGUGCAAAAGCUUAGUCACUUGACAAGUGAUCUCCAAUGAAUGUGGGCAGCUCCUGCAUGUGCAAUAAUGCGCUUGGUAGAAUAAACAAACACUGAAAGUAGAAGUUGUGGUUGUCACAUAAUUCAUGGUUGUAUCCUUUAAGCUAAAAU